CCUUGUUUCCCUACUAGAGGAGAUGAGAUUGAUUUGAUUUCUUCCCCUAAAGAAUUUUACGAUGAGUUGUUAAAUAUGUUAAGGAGAGGUAAGAGGAGGGUUGUUAUUAGUAGUUUGUAUAUCGGUACGGAGGAGGAAGAGCUGAUAAAAUCCCUUGAAUCUCUUCUCUCCUCCCAACCUCAUCUCCGUAUGACAAUCAUACUAGAUUAUCAUCGUUCCACCCGACUAUCCCCCACCUCCUCUUCCAACGCCCCUUCAACAACACAUAUGCUAUUACCUCUCGUUCGCGCUUAUGGGGAUAGAUGUGAAGUUUGGCUAUAUCGAUCUCCUAAUUUACGAGGGGUCAUGGAGAUGAUAGUUCCUGAGAGAUAUGAUGAAGGUUGGGGAACUUGGCAUGGGAAAUGGUAUGCUGUAGACGAUGAGGUUAUUUUGAGUGGAGCAAAUCUCGCCAGAUCAUAUUUCACAAAUAGACAAGAUCGAUAUAUCCAUUUCCGUUCACACCCUUCUCUCUUAUCAUACCUUUCUUCCCUCACGCGAUUAUAUACCAAUUACUCAUACCGUCUCUCCCCCUCCCUUCCUCCGAGUGUUAACAAACUAUAUUCAGUUCCUCUCCCUCAGCCCAUCCACUCCUCCGCCGCCCUCAUCUGGCCAACACCAUCCGUCCAUCCACGUCAUUUUGGUCCUCACGCAUUAGCUACACUCACAGCGUUACAAAAUACCUGGCGAACGUCCAACGCCUCCAGAUCACGGCGUGUAGAUGCUGAUACAUAUGUCUGGCCUGUCAUACAAGCUGGUGUAUUGGGAAUGAGGGAAGAAGAAAAAGCCAUGGAAUUAGUCUGGGAUGCGGUGAGGGACAAGGGUUUGUCCCCAACCAAGAGAAAUAUUCAAGUCGAUCUCACAAGUGGAUAUUUCGCCCUUUUCCCAGCAUACAAAAAAUCCAUCAUCAACUCCCCUGCUCCAGUAAGGAUCAUAGCCGCUUCUCCUCGUGCUAAUGGGUUUUACGGAUCAAAAGGUUUUUCUAGACUCAUACCGGAAGGUUACACUUUUUUAGAAAGAAAUUUCUGGAGAGAUUGUCUAUCAGCUGGGAGGGUAUGGAGGGAUCGUAAAGAGCAAUGGGAAGGGGUAAGAUUGAGAGAAUGGGAAAAGGAAGGAUGGACAUAUCAUUCUAAAGAGCAAAAUGUCAAAUUGAAUAAGAAAUCAACUUUUGAUCCAUUCUUCACUUUUAUAGGAAGUUCAAACCUCUCCACUAGAUCUCUGAAUCUCGAUACUGAACUUUCUUUGUUUAUUUCUACUUCUUCACCUAUCUUACAUCGGUCAUUAGGGAAAGAAUUGAGAGCUUUGAACGUUCAUGCGAGGGAUGUGAAUGAGGACACUUGGGAAAGAAAAGAUAGAAAAGUUAGUUUUUUAGCAAAGGUUUUGGUAUUUUUGGGUGUGGAGGGAAUGUUGUGAAUUUGAGACAUUAUGACAUUUACAUGUGCAUCAUUAUCGACUCUAUCCAAAAGGAAUAUGACAUGCAUCGGUACUUUACUCUC